AUGGGCGUGGCCAGUGGUUCCUGUGCCGAGGGUGGCAGGUGAUCGCGGCCGACCUGCCACUUCCCCUCUCUGUCUUCGCCCCCAGACCAGAAGGCAGACUCCUGCUCUGGCUCCGCACACCUCUCCCUCGCUAGACCUCAGUUUCCCCUCCUGGGAAGUAGCGCCAUCCCUUCUGUGGCCAAGAUCGGCGCGAGGCGGGCGAGCGAGCGCUGGGCCAGGUUGGGGCGUGAGCAGUUCCAGAGCAGGGAUGGAUAAAUGGAAAAUAUCUUUGGAUGAGGAUUUAGGGGGGAAAAAGAAGAAGGCUGACUCUACACCCAGAGGGCAGGUGGCCUGAGUUCAAAUUCCACUUAGACUUGACACCAGAAGCACGAUCCGUAAAGGAAAAGGUGGCCAAUUGGACCUCAUCAACAUGUAAAACCUCGCUUUGCAAAAGACCACAGGAAGAGGGUCAAAGAGAAGCGACAGACGGGCAGAACGAACCCCCAGGACCCCUAGGCGUCCACAGAACUCCGGCCCGGUGGAAAGAAGGCCGGAGCAAUCUCCAGGAGAAUGGCCGUGUCCUGGGAGGAAUAUUUCCGACUGGCCUUGCGAGAGAAGCUGCCUACGAAGAUCCCCGAGCAGAAUGCUGGCCGCCUCCCGCCACUGCUGUGUCUCCUGGAGAAGAGGCAGGAGCUGGCGGAUGCGGACCAGGGCCUGCGGGCCCAGGAGGAGGCGCUCCAGAUCACAAUGGCAGUCUUGAAGCGGCGCCGGGAACAGUUGGAACAGAAGAAGCAGGAGCUUAAGGGGUCCUUUGCCCGCUUUGACAAGUUAUUGCAGGACACCGAGGCCCGACGCAGCCGCGCGAUGCGGAGGGCGGCAGAGGAGGGACAGCGGGCCCGCCGCCAGGAGGCCGAGGCGCUGCGGCUUCGAGCCCGGCUGGAGGAGCUGCAGCGGGAGCGCGCGCGGCUGCAGCGCCGGCUGCCGCGCCUGGAGCCCUGCGCGCGCCUGCUGGAGCAAGUGCUGGAGCAGCUGCCCGAGACCCAGGAGAUCCCCGAGCUGGUGGAGCGCUUCCAUACCCUAGCGGACACGCUGGCCGCGCUCAGGCUCACGGAGCGCCAGCGGUCGGCGGAGCUGGAGGAGGCGCGUGCGCGGCUGCAGCAGCUGCGGGACACCUGGCAGGACGAGCUGCUCCAGCAGGGCCAGCAGCGAGCGCAGCUGCUGGAGCGCCUGGAGGCGGCGCGGGAGCGCACACUGCACUGGGAAUCCAAAUGGGUUCAGAUCCAGAACACGGCAGCUGAGAAGACCCUGCUCCUGGGACACACUAGGAUGUCAGUGCUCAACCUGUUCCAGUUAGUGUGCCAGCAUAGGAGGCAGUCGCCUGCCCUGGACAUCGAGGACACCGAGGGGCAGCUGGAGCAGGUGAAGCUGUUCAUCCUGGAUCUCUCUGCCAUGCUGGCCAGCCUUCCCCAGGGUGAGCCUGAGGCCCCGGCCCCCUAGCCUGACCCAGGACCAGAAGAGGGUGUCAGGAGCAGAUACCUGCUCAUUGGACACCCGCUCACAAAGGCUCCUCCACUAUGGACUGGCACUCAGUAAUCCAGCUGCUGGGGGCUGCCCUUGACCUUCCCAGGACCCAGCUGGGGCCGAGGAGCAAGGCCUUCCAGCAGGACAGAGGCCAGGCCAGGUUCUGACCUCUUGUGUGUGGUGGGCAGUGUCAACCUCGUCACAGCCAGGGAGGAGCAGCUGUGCCCUCUGCCCCCAGACCCUCGUCCGGGCCCUCCAGCCGUCACUCCCAGCUGCGAGGCUGGCCUGGCAGGAGGAAGGGGACAGAAGGCCAGGUUUGGGGUUCUCCCACCUCAGGCACCUAACUCAUACUUGAGCCCCAUUUUCCUCAUCGACAAAAUGGGGACACUAAUAGAAUGCACCCUCGGGGGUCCCGGGGGGAUCACACAGGACUGCCCACAUGCUCCCAGCUCCCACACCAGCUGGGCCUUUAGCAUCUGCUCUGUCCCUCCAACUCCAGUGGACUGGACUCCUGCUCCACCA